AUGUCAGCAACGGCGUUUACAUUUCUGCCCUUAGGAGCGAUUAUCCAGGAGUUCCAUGUCAACGGUAUCAACAUUGUCCAGGGCUUCAAGACCGCUGAGCAGUACAAGCAGUACAAUGCCCCAUACUUUGGCGAGACUAUUGGGCGUAUUGCCAAUCGAGUCGCAAAAGGAACGAUCAACGACUUGAACGGAAAGUCAUACAAACUUCCGGUGAACAACGGGCCAAACUCCCUGCACGGCGGUGAGCAGGGCUGGGGAAAGCAUGAAUUUGAAGGUCCGGUGAGUGUGGAGCGUGAUGGGGAGAAAGCAGUUCUCUUCAAGUAUCUGAGCAAAGAUGGUGAAGAGGGGUAUCCUGGCACCGUACAAGUCAGUGUAUGGUAUGUGCAGAAGAAAGAGCAAGUCAAUGGCGCUCAGCAGGAGGUCCUUUACAUUGAGUAUGAAGCCGAGUUGAUCGGUGACGAAGUUGAAGAAACAGCCAUCAACAUGACGAACCACAGCUACUUUAAUUUGACUGGGAGGCCAUCGAUUGCUGGCACCGAGAUCACAUUGAUCACCAACAAGUAUCAAGUUGUUGACGAUGGUGGCAUACCCACUGGUCCCAUUGAAGAGUACCCGGGUAUCAGCUCAGGCAAGACAUUCACGUUGGGAGAGAAAGAGCCAGAUGUCGACGAUUGCUUCGUUGCAAAUGCCGACGUGAGCAGCAUUUCGAUCGAUACCCGUUCGUCACCUCUCCAAAAACUUGUAGCUGCGUACCACCCAGAGAGCAAAAUCCACCUGGAGGUUUACUCCACCGAGCCUGGUUUCCAGUUCUAUACUGGCAAGUACAUUGACGUACCAGCUGUAGAAGGAGUACCGGCGAGGGCUGCACGCUCAGGAUUUUGCGUCGAGCCUAGUCGUUACGUGAACGCCAUCAACGUUCCCGAGUACAAGGCCAUGAUGGUCCUCAAGAAAGGGCAGAAAUACGGGGCCAAGACUGUAUACAGGGGCUGGUCGGCGUAA